AUGUGCCUGGACAACUAUUUCACCUCCACUCGCUCAGGCAUUGCCGAUCUGAUGGGUCAUCCGCGCUUUGAGUUCAUCCGCCAUGACGUGACAGAGCCCUUUUUUGCCGAAUGCGAUAUGAUCUACAACAUGGCUUGCCCAGCAUCCCCGGUGCACUACCAGUGGAAUCCCAUCAAGACGACAAAGGUCUCGGUCUUGGGGACCAUCCACAUGAUGGGCCUUGCCAAGCGUGUCAAGGCUCGGAUCCUCCAGGCCUCAACCAGCGAGAUCUACGGAGACCCCGAGGUCACGCCUCAGUCUGAAGAUUACUGGGGCCACGUGAACACCAUCGGUGUCCGGUCCUGCUAUGACGAGGGCAAGCGGGUGACCGAAACGUUGGCCUUCGACUACUUGCGCAUGAACAAUGUCGACAUUCGCGUGGCAAGAAUCUUCAACACCUACGGGCCUGGUAUGCAUCCCUAUGACGGGCGAGUGGUGAGCAAUUUCAUCCUCCAGGCCCUCCAUAACGAGGACAUCACGAUCUACGGCGACGGCUCGCAAACGCGGUCGUUCGGCUUCGUGGAUGACACAGUUGAUGGCCUGAUCCGCCUCAUGAACCAGGAGAAGACGAUUGGCCCCAUAAACAUCGGGAAUCCAAACGAGUUCACCGUGAAGGAGCUGGCCGAGAUGGUCAUCGAGCUCACCGGCUCUCAAAGCAAGAUCGUCUACCUGCCCCUUCCGGGCGACGACCCGAAGCAGCGCCGGCCCAACAUCCAACGCGCAAAGGAGCUGUUGGACUGGGAGCCCAAGGUGCAGCUGCGAGAAGGACUGCAGAAGACGAUUGACUACUUCAAGGCCCUGGACCUGAGAAAAUACAGCAAGCCGACAAGUCAUACGGCGCACCACAGCACGAUCAACCAGGACAAAGUGACAAGAAGGCUUUCCUACGCCAUCUGCUAG